AUGACACAGCCAGACUUUGCCUACCGCACUUCUGCCCUCGUGUCAAACGACCCAUGGCUCUCUUCGCGCAGUCCAAUCUACAAUGACACGUACCAGAAUGGCGUCUUCGAGACGGGCAGCAACCCCUAUCGGCCACAAAGCGUGGCGUACAAAUCCGGAAACAAUUCUUCGCAUAACCUACCUGCCACGAUAUCCAUGGGGAGCAACGGAAAUGGCCAGUUUGGACGAGCCGGAGCCGAGGCCGCCUUUCCCCCGUCGGCGGCGGCCUACAACCCGCGACUGACCAUGGGCACGGCAUAUACCAGUCCCGGUCCGGAACCCGGUCAGGGCCCGUUCAGCAUGGACAGCGUGAGCUCGCAGGGCUGGGACCACCAAGGGAGGUACUCUCCCUCGGACUCGGUCGACGAUUUCAUGAUUUCGCCGAGCCUCUCCGAUUACUCGCUAGACAACGGGGCCGGAGCGACGCCCUCAGGUAACAGCCAUGGCAAUAACAGGAGGACGGACGGGAAGGCGCGCUCCCAGCAGCGGCGGCCGUCCAACCGCGAUGAGUUCGACGGUCCGCACCAGUUUCUGAAGCGGCCUCCGCCGGAAUACAUUGCCAUGCAGGAGCGGGACUUGCCGCACCUACCAACCAACCUUUUGGUCCAGGAGCAGGAUAGUGUCCUGAGCCAAGUCAAUGACCGCCUGUCGCAGUGCGCCUUUGACUUUGUAGCCAAGUAUAGCUUCCCGAUCCCGCUGACGCAGGACAUGCGCCCCGUCGAACGCCCCCAGGACCGUGAAUGGACCGAGUGGGUGUAUUUGCUCAAGCGCCUUGCCACCAAGCGCAGGAUCCCCGCCAGGGUGUUGUACAACGGCCAGAUCAAGCAGCUUGUCACGAUCCUGGAGAACUCGUUGGAGAUGCGGCAUGCUGCCAAGCACCAGUCCCGCCCCCUCAAGGACGACCGGAACAUUUUGCAGCUCAUUUCGGCUGGCAUCCAGGUUGCCAAGAUCCUCAAGGAUGCCCAAGCCAUGGAUUAUUUGGACAGACUAUACGUUUCGACGGAGCAACAGAUCCAAGAGAGAUCUGCCGUCACUGCGGCCCGGUUCCGCUGA